AUGUACUGUGCACCAGGGGCUCACAGAAUGUUUACGAUGAAAAGCGUCACAGUUGAUGAAAAGGAAAAGUUGGUUAUUGACUCUGAUGAGCAUUAUGUAUUUUGCAGACCAAAGCAUUAUGUUGAUUCAUCGGGUACUACGUGGGCAAACGAGGAAAUGGAAUUGAGGCAUACCACCGAUAUCUACCAUGCAAGUGACAGCAAAUACUCUUCUGAAUUCACCACGCUGUGUAAAAGGUUAAGAGAUGAUUGUUUCUAUUACUUAGACACAAAUGUAGCUGAAGAUUUCAAAAGAAGUGGCGACAACGAAGAAUACACCAUCUACGAAGAAAAGAGAGUAGCCCACUUAAAGCGCAGGGUAGAGCUGGCAUUGGAACAAUACGAAAAUCUGCCAGAGAAGAGAGAAAUGGAGAUGAAAACACUCUCAGAUAUCCUAAGAGUACGUGAUGUUGUGAAAGAAUGUGUUACACUUCAUACAAACCUUGCAAAAAGCAAAACUGUAAGCUAUCAUUCAGUGCAAGGUGACCACAAAAGACUCGUUAAGUCUUUACAGAAAGUAGUGACACAGAUUGAGGAGCUUGAACUUCCUGUGAUGAAAUCCAGACAGUGUAUUCGUGCUGAUAGUGGUCCAGGUGUUGGUUGUGGAAACCACGAGGUUCAGUUUAGAAUGGCAGAAGUGGCAAGAAUUUCAAAUGCAGACAUGCGAAUAAUUUUGCAUGGCUCAAGAGGAGAUUCUGGUCAAAAUGAAGCCGAACAAACCAACUCUGGUGUCAGUAAUGCUGUUUGUGAUGGUAGCACAAUUGAGUGGGAGAAACACAAGAGAUUUGAAAAUUUGACAAGUGAAGAAAUCGCGGGAUUAACACUAGAGGACUACAACAUAUGUGAAGAACUAAGAGACAAGAAAAAUGCAUGGUGCGUGGCUCGUGAGGUUGCUUUAAGAGUCGAUGGUGCUCCAUGUAUGGGAGAAUAUAUGAAAGGAUUUGUUGCUAUUCGCCCUUCAGAUGCUUUCUUUUGGAACAAGGAAUAUCUGGAGAGGUUUUAUAAAACACAAAGUGCAGAUACAAAGGAAAAAAUUCCUGGUUAUUAUUACAUGCAGAAGAUUAUCGAGUUUGAUUGUGAUCAUACUGAGUCUGGUGAGCUAUACCGUGAGUAUGUUAAGCAUGGCUGUCUUGAGAAGAAAAAUCAGUUGUGUGACUGGUGCAAAGAGCACAAUUUUGUUGGACCAUUCUGUGGUCGCAUUCUUAGACCAUUUCCCAAUUACAAUAAAGAUGACUUUCAUUAUCUUGACGUGUUUGACACUCCGAUGAAAAUAGAUGGCAAACCAAGAUCCCCUGAUGACAUGCAGCCGAGGGCAAAUAUUAAAAAACUAGUGAAGGACAAGAAGUUAAUCCUUGGCGACAACAGUAUUGAAGUUUUCUCAAAGAAGUUCAUAAUUCCUGAGACACAAGUAAUUGUUGGCUGUGAAGCAUAUACAAGAGAACGCAGGUGCUGCAAAUUUACGGAACGAAGAAAGAAAGAAAGAAAAGAACAAAGGAAAAAAGGGAAAAAAAAUUCGCCGACUAUGAUUGGAAAGCAUUGA